UCGGAUCCCUGAGGCACGUCAGAGUCUGGAUUCAUGGAUCUGACGGCGGGACCCAGUACGGAACCUGCUAAGGCCAUCAAACCCAUUGACCGGAAGUCAGUCCAUCAGAUUUGUUCUGGGCAGGUGGUACUGAGUCUCAGCACUGCUGUGAAGGAGUUGGUGGAAAAUAGUGUGGAUGCUGGUGCCACCAAUAUUGAUAUCAGGCUUAAAGACUAUGGAGUGGAUCUCAUUGAAGUAUCAGACAAUGGAUGUGGGGUAGAAGAAGAAAACUUUGAAGGCUUAACCCUGAAACACCACACUUCUAAGAUUCAAGAGUUUGCUGACCUAACUCAGGUUGAAACUUUUGGCUUUCGGGGGGAAGCUCUGAGCUCACUCUGUGCACUGAGUGACUUGACAAUUUCUACCUGCCAUGAGUCUGCGAAGGUUGGGGCACGGCUGGUGUUUGAUCACAAUGGGAAAAUCGUCCAGAAAAGCCCCUACCCUCGACCCAAAGGGACAACAGCCAGUGUGCAACAGUUAUUUUAUACGCUACCUGUGCGGCAUAAGGAGUUUCAAAGGAAUAUUAAAAAAGAGUAUGCCAGAAUGGUCCAGGUCUUACAGGCAUACUGUAUCAUUUCAACAGGCAUCCGUGUAAGUUGCACCAAUCAGGUUGGACAAGGAAAAAGACAGCCUGUGGUAUGCACAUCAGGCAGCUCCAGCAUAAAAGAGAACAUCGGAUCUGUGUUUGGGCAGAAACAGCUGCAGAGCCUCAUUCCUUUUGUCCAGCUGCCCCCUAGUGAUCCUGUCUGUGAAGAGUAUGGGCUGAGCUGCUCUGACACUCUAACCAACCUAUUUUGCAUCUCAGGCUUCGUUUCUCUGUGUGCUCAUGGGGUUGGAAGGAGUUCAACGGACAGACAGUUUUUCUUUAUCAACCGGAGACCAUGUGACCCAGCCAAGAUUUCCCGGCUUGUGAAUGAGGUCUAUCACAUGUAUAAUCGACAUCAGUAUCCAUUUGUUGUUCUGAACAUUUCUGUUGAUUCCGAAUGUGUUGAUAUCAACGUGACUCCGGAUAAAAGGCAGAUUUUGCUGCAGGAAGAGAAGUUAUUGCUAGCAGUUUUAAAGACGUCUUUGAUAGGAAUGUUUGAGAGUGAUGCCAAUAAGCUUCAUGUGAAUCAGCAGCCACUGUUGGAUAUUGAAGGUCACUCGAUCAAAAUUUCUUCAACAGCAGUGGAAAUGCCACUUCCAGGGAUGCAAUCCCAUCCCGCCUCGCCAGGGGCUCGUGGAGAGGAGAGAAGGGCCGUGAGCAUCUCCAGACUGAGGGAGGCCUUUGCUCUCCAUCACACAACCGGGACCGUGACUCCGCACCCGAAGACCGCUGAGCCUAAGCAAGUUUCACCCAGACAGAAAAGAAGCAUCCCAUUGUGUGGCAGUGGGGAUCUCCUCAGCUCCCAGAAGCUUGUCGUGGGCACAGGUUCCCCUGUCCCUCCGGAGGGGCUGAGGGGUUUAGAUCAGAGUCCCCAAAACCAAAUGGAGAAGGACUCGGGGUAUGGCAGCACAUCAACCAGUUCAGAGGGAGGCCUCAGCACCCCCGAAAUGGGUACUUUAUCCAGCAGUGAGGGGGCAGCCAGCUCCCUUGAAGACAGGUUUUCACAAGAUAGUGUGACAGCUCAUGAGAGGCCCCCUGAGGCCAGCUGUCCUAUUUCCACCUCCAAGAGUCCCCUGGACCAAGAGGACAAUGGAGACGAAGGGGGGGAUCUGCCUCCACCCACUAAGCGCUUCAAGACAGAGGAAGGGGCUGGCAGCCCUGGCCAGCUGCUUGAGCCGCAGCACCCACCAGACUCUCAGGUGGACGUGGCCGUUGACAUCAGUAAGAAAAUAGUGCCCCUCCACUUCUCCAUGCGUUCUUUGUCCCAGCGAGUAAAGCAUCUACGGCACCAACAACAGCAAGGAGAAGGUGAACAGAGUUACAGAAAGUUCAGGGCCAGGAUUUGCCCCGGUGAAAACCAGGCUGCGGAAGAGGAACUUAGGAAGGAGAUCAGUAAAGCAAUGUUUGCAGAGAUGGAAGUCAUAGGCCAGUUUAACCUGGGAUUUAUCAUCACCAAACUCAACGCAGACCUCUUCAUAGUGGACCAGCAUGCGACGGAUGAGAAGUACAACUUUGAGAUGCUCCAGCAGCACACUGUUCUUCAGGGCCAGAGGCUCAUAGCACCUCAGACUCUCAGCCUCACUGCUGUCAAUGAAGCAAUUCUGAUAGAGAAUCUGGACAUCUUUAGGAAGAAUGGCUUUGAUUUUGUUAUCGAUGAAGCUGCGCCAGUCACCGAAAGGGCCAAGCUGAUUUCCUUGCCCACCAGUAAGAACUGGACAUUUGGACCCCAGGACAUAGAUGAGCUGAUCUUCAUGCUAAGUGACAGCCCUGGGGUCAUGUGCCGGCCUUCCCGAGUUAGGCAGAUGUUCGCCUCCAGAGCCUGCCGGAAGUCUGUGAUGAUCGGAACUGCUCUCAACACAAGUGAGAUGAAGAAACUUAUCACCCACAUGGGUGAGAUGGAACAUCCCUGGAACUGUCCCCAUGGAAGGCCGACUAUGAGGCACAUUGCCAAUCUGGACGUCAUUUCUCAGAACUGACAAUGUAGCUCAGCUGCCGGAAGUCCAGACUCUAAGUGUGGAGCUUCGGAUUUGAAAGGCAGGGUUGUAACGAACCAAGCUUGGUUUCCAAAAUUAACCUCUGCUACUUAAAAAGUACUGGGUUAGUUUGAAAGUGAUCUUGAAAACCUUUCAAGACACCUUUCAUUGCUUGCCACAGGGGAUCUUCUGCACUUUGUGUAGGCAAGAGCACAGCUUACAAAGAACAUGAUGUGGCUCACUAAAGGCACGUGGCUAAUGCAGAAAGAGGGAAAAAACAAUCCGGAAGCACUUGAGGUGUUACCUGGGCCUCUGGCUGCAUGUGGCGGUUAAUAGUAGUUUGAUUAGUAACAAUUUACUUUCUUAAAUUUAAAAUCAUGAUCAUCUGGUGCUGGUGGUCUUCAACCCUGAUGCACCUUGAAUUUUUAAAAAAG